AUGGUUACGAUUCAUGAUAUGGGCGUCGUUGUCCGAAAUCUCACCGCCGCAUCUCCAGAUUGUACUUUGUCAUCGCUUUCCGCCAAGGGGAAUUGCGAGCACGGCAUGUAA